UACACAUUUAGUUAGGCCUAAACCCCUAAAUCUACACUACAGUGUUCUACAGACUUCAAAAUGUUUAAAGUGCAUUUUGCUUUCUUACAUAGCGGCUUACUACUUAUGUAACAGUAGUAGAUCUAAAUUGACCAAGGUAGAUAUUUAUGAUAUGCCAAACCUCUGAAUUCCAACUGCAUUACCAACAUUUUAUUAUUACACCAAUCUCAGGUGUCUACAACAAUGCAGGAUCCUGCUCUAAGCUGGACUGAUGACUUACCAGUUUGUCAUUUUUCUGGAGUUGGCUUGUCAACCAAUCAAAUCUAUCGUGAAGAUGGUAACAGACGAGAAGCACAUGACAAUGAAGACAGAAAUUUCCAUUUCAGACAUGACAGCUGUUUUCUCUAUGGUGUCUUUGAUGGCCACAAUGGUACACGUGUGGCAGAAUUUGCUGCUCAGAGAAUUCCUGCAGAGCUUUUAUUAGGUCAGUUACAGCCUAACUUUGCAGAUGAACAAGUGAAAGAAGCCUUGAGACAAGCUUUUAUUGGCGUGGAGAAAGGUUAUUUUGAGUCAAUGGAUGGGUUGUUGGCUGAGAGAACAACAUGUCAGGACAGACUGCCAGAUGGCAUUAGUCAGUAUGAGGCCUAUCAAAAAUAUCCUGACAUCAUUAGCAAACUUCAAGAGUUGGACAAAAAUAUUUCUGGUGGCACUACAGCAACUGUUGUUCUUAUUUAUAACAACAAACUCUAUGUAGCCAAUGUUGGUGAUACAAGAGCGUUUUUAUGUAAAACAAACCCUGAAGGUGUCCUCCGAGUGAUACAGCUUUCAUACGACCACACUAUUGCUGAUCCUGGUGAGCAAGCCAGGCUUGAGCAAGUGGGGGUGGAUGUUAACAAACUAAAAAUUCUGAGAAGAGUCGGAAACUCCGACUGUACACGCUGUAUUGGGGAUUACCAUGUUAAAGGGGGCUACAAGGACAUUGAUAUUCUAAGUGCUGCUAAAGUGGAACCUGUGAUUGCCGAUCCAUUUGUUGAUGGCGGUAUAGAAAUUGACAGCACUUGUGCUUUCAUGGUUAUUAUGUCUGAUGGCCUGUAUCAGGCACUAACCGAUGCCACAGGGACCGAAACUGUGAACGGAGACAUAGCUAAAAUGGUGGCGCAGGAGUUUGGCCAGCAGACCACGUUGACUGGGGUGGCGCAGGCUGUGGUUGACCGAGUGGUCAGAAUCCACCAUGACACUUUCAUGACCCAGAGCGGGGACAAAAAAGACUUGUGCCGAAAACGGGACGACAUCACCUUACUGGUGCGGAACUUCCAUUUCCCCCUGUCGGUGCAGCAGCGCAACAUGCAGUCGCCCUCUCACCCACCCCAUCACCUGUCUGGGUUCCCAGCCAAUGUGUACAAGUCACCCAGCCUGGACACUAGCCGGCAAAGCUCUUCCACCGAUUCUCCCAUCACCCCCACAAACUAUCUUUUAUCUGGGCCAAAUCUCCUGGGAAACACCACAGAGGUGCAAACCAACGGGAGUAGCAACUACAGCACCAGCUCUAGUGGGGAGAUGCAACUUUUUUCACAUAGACACUCAGAGAAUUCUAACCUAGAACUUGAUGCUGAAGGCAAAGUCAAAGCAUAUGUUGACUUCUCUGAAUGGUAUACAGCUCUUGAUAAAAUGGGAGAAGAACAGCGAGAAGCUCUGUACCAGGAACUGAUGCCAAAAUCUAUUUAUGAUCCCAUUCAGGAGGAGCCGUCUAUAGAAUAACCAUUUUAAUGUUUAUAUUUAGCAUGGAUACAUUGUCAUCACACUAUUUCUUGUCAUAAAAUGUAAAACAAAAACACUGUAUGCCAUAUUAAUCACAAAGCAUGAUAUAACAGACUACUACUGUUAUUUCCAGAUACUUAAAUAAUGUAUUAUCUGCUUGUCAUUUCUGUAAUUAAUACACUAAUUUAACAGAGUAAUAAAUAUUUGUA